UCUGACGUCAUGCCAGUGAGUUCCCUUCCCCGUCGGCCGCUUUACAGGCAGCACAACAUUAGCUCGUUAGCUACAGUGGUUUUGACACGAGACGAGAAUUAACAGAGUUGUGCCUUGUGAUAUAAUGCAAUCAACGAUGAAGAAGGAAGCCGAGAAUGUUUGUGUGCUCUGCUGCCAGGACAUUGAUCUUUUCGCCGUGGGGAAAUGUGACCACCCGGUGUGUUACCGGUGCUCCACUAAGAUGAGGGUCCUGUGCGAGCAGAAAUACUGCGCCGUCUGCCGAGUGGAGCUGGACAAGGUUAUAUUCGUUCGAAAGCUACAACCCUUCGCUGCUCUCGCGCAUCAGGAAUUCCAGGCUGAGAAGAAAUAUGACAUCUACUUCGGUGACGGAAAAAUCUUCGCCCAGUUCAGGAAGAUUUUGCUGUGUGAAUGUCCACAAUGUCCUGAACCCAAAGUGUUCUCCAAAUUCGAGGAGUUGGAGCAGCAUAUGCGGAAGCAGCAUGAGCUCUUUUGCUGCAAAUUAUGUGCUAAGCACUUGAAGAUAUUCUCCUAUGAGAGGAAGUGGUACAACCGCAAAGAACUGGCUCGACAUCGGACGCAAGGGGACCCAGACGACACGUCUCAUCGCGGCCAUCCGCUUUGUAAAUUCUGUGACGACCGAUAUCUGGAUAACGACGAACUGCUGAAGCACUUAAGGCGAGACCACUACUUUUGCCAUUUCUGUGACGCAGACGGAGCACAAGAAUACUACAGUGACUACCGCUAUCUCAGUGAUCACUUCAGAGAGAGCCAUUUUCUGUGUGAGGAAGGUCGCUGCAGUACAGAGCAGUUCACGCAUGCCUUUCGGACAGAGAUCGACUACAAAGCCCACAAAACCGCUGCCCACAGUAAGAACCGGGCCGAGGCACGGCAAAACCGGCAGAUAGACAUACAGUUCAACUACGCCCCACGCCAGCAGAGAAGGAAUGAUGGUCUAGUAGGUGCCGACGAUUAUGAGGAAGUCGAUCGCUUCAACAGACAAGGGCGCUCGGGAAGAGGAAGACCGCAGGGGUUACACCAGAAUGUCAGAAGCUGGAGGUACAAUAGAGAGGAAGAGGAUAAGGACCUGGCUGCGGCGAUUCAGGCCUCACAGGCUGCUCGUCGACAGGCGGAGAGGGGACAAGUUCAUGAGAGAGGUGGCCAAAAACCACGCAAAGAGGAGACGAUGGCUGGCGACGAGUUAAGAGGCAAUCGAGGGACAGUCAAACCUCCUAGUGACAUACAAGGUCGAUCAGCGAAGAAUAAUGUCCCGCUGAAGGGUGAAGACUUCCCAGUAUUAGGAGCUGGUGCAACACCACCGCCACCGCCGCCUGUUCAUAGCAUGGUGAAACCCACUCCUGUCUCACUGAAAGAGGAUGAUUUCCCUAGCCUGGUACAUUCUGGUACAAUGGGUCCAGCCCCAAUGACACCAGCAUACACGGCUCAAGCUAGAAAACCUUCUUCUUUCCAAGAAGAGGACUUCCCAGCACUUGUCUCAAAGAUCAGACCUCAUAAACCUCAAGAGAAUACGACAUCUGCUUGGUCCCAAGUAGGAAGCAAAUCUGGCGUGCUCAAUAAUAAGCCUGUGGUUCUGCCGACAAAGGCACACACGCACAGUGCCCCUGUGUUUUCCUCUAGUGACCCACCACCCUCCUCUACUGUUCCUCAGGCUCAGGUGUCUCGGCGCAAGAAGAAGCUUACCUCUUCACAGAGCGCCAAAGCUACAUCCAAAGUCAAAUCUCCGGUCUCGUCAGAUGAUGAGGACCCCCAAACUGGCAAAAUGGUUCAGGAGGUUCGUGCUGUCCCCACCAUGUUAGACAUUUCUUCCCUGCUUACAGUGAAGACUGGCUCAUCGCAGCCCAAUAACAAAAACGGCAAAAAGAAGAGACAGCCUUCAGCCACCCCUUACGGGACGGCCGCAGAUAACAUGGAAUUGGUUACCACUGCGGCUCACAAAGAAAACGUACCCAAGACCAAGCCACCAGAUGGCGGGGUUCCAAAAGGCACCGUGGUCCCCAAAUCAAAUAUGUUCAUAAACGGAUAUAAGGAGAAACCUAAGGAAACUAAGAACACCAUCCUUCCUGAAGAACCCCCUGCCCCUAAAAAGCAGCCCACCUCUGAACCACCAGCUGCACCUGAAGAAGAGGAUUUCCCUGCUCUUAUUACUAAGAAACCUCCACCUGGUUUUAAGACCACAUUUUCAUUGAAGAACAUUCAGACAGUGCUUCCUCCUCCUCCUCCUCCUGGUCUCGGGCCUGUGGUCAGCAAGCCUCCUCCAGGAUUCACUGGUGUUCCGCUCAACAGUAACGUAGCAGAAUGCACGGUGCCAGAGUUGAACAGUUGUAGACCAGCAUCCUCACUUGGAACUUACCACAUGCCUGAAAACUUCAAACAGAGGAACAUGGACCUUAUUCAGUCAAUACAGAACUUCCUUCAGAAUGAUGAAUCCAAGUUCAAUGAAUUCAAAAACUAUUCAGGACAGUUCAGACAGGGUUUAAUAUCUGCUGCCCAGUACCACAAAAGCUGCCAUGAGCUGCUGGGGGAAAACUUCAGCAGGGUCUUCAACGAGUUGCUGGUUCUACUUCCAGACACACACAAACAACAGGAGCUUCUCACUGCCCAUGCAGACUUUAAAGCAAUGGAGAAACAGCAGCCAGGCUCCAAAGGCAAGAAGAACAAAAAGAAAGCCUGGCAAACGUGUACCUCUAACAACAGUCUAGACUUGGACUGCCAAGUGUGUCCUACCUGCAAGCAGGUAUUGGCCCCAAAAGACUUCAACGCUCAUAAGACCCUGCAUAAUGGAGAUGACGACUUUCCCUCUCUCCAGGCUAUAAGCAAGAUUAUCAGUUAACUGCCAAAAUCAGGGGCACUGCUCACAGAAUGAUGCUUUUUUUUUUGUUAUUCCGAGGGUCAAAGAUGUUUAAGACAGUGAGGUAUCAUGUGAAACAAUGCAGCUGUAGUGUGUCUAGAGCAUGGGCGCCCAACUCCACUAUCGGAGUCCAUCAGAGUUUGGCGACUUAAUGGUUCCGAGAUGCCUAAUUUUGGCUCAGCUGUAAAUUACCAGGUUUAACUAUGGCAUUCCAGGUCUGGAGUUGGACACCCCUGGACUACAGCGUUUGAAAUAAUUCACCACUUUUUUGAAGAAAAAAUAAAAUAAAAAAAACUU